AUGGUUCUCCAAUCUGAGGUCUAUCCCGGUUACCCUUUCCCACAGCAGGGCUAUUCUGUGCAACCGCAGGGGUACUACUCCACCAAUGACUACUACAGCACCCCUCUUCCGGGCAUGCCGGUGAUGACCAACCCAAGUGCCCCCACCCCUAAGUACCCCAGCCACCAAAUGGUAGCUGGUGGAGGCUAUGCUCAGCAGCAUCAUGACUGGUAUGGCGAAAAAAGGCCCCAAAAUGGCAUGCACGACACAACUGACUUCUACUACAGCCAUGGCUCACAGGGCCAGAUGUUGCCUUAUAACAGCAACGACGGUUAUGAUUCCUCCGGUGGCAAACACAGCAACACCACGGGGAUCACUGGGUACACGGCAAACUAUGCACAACAUGUUCCCAUGGGAACGUACCCAAACUAUGCGCAGCAUGUUCCCAUGGGAAUAGAGGCAGAGUGGAACCUUAAAGGGGUGGAUGACUAAAGAGACAUCCCCAUGAGACUGAUGCAUAAUAUAGGAAGUAUGCUUAAUGUAAGAGGUUUGGCAUUAGCUAAAGUACCAUCCUAAGUAAUGUUUUUUUCUUUUUUUUGGAUCAAAUCCUAAGUAAUGGUCAAGAUGUAUACUAUCUGCUGAAUGUUCAAGAUAUGUACCAUAUGGCCUAUUAGAUUUUAACUAUAAAUCAGUACUCAAGAACUGGAUGCGUUGUCUGGGAGACCACUAAUUACAUAUAAGGAUUGUCAUCAUCCAAAAGAGGUCACUCUUAGUGACAUAUGCAGAUGCUUAUAGAAACCCACUAAAAGGAAAGUAUGAA